CUUAAGUGGGAAAAUCGAGUCAGCGACGAGCUAAACAUCUUCAACGGCCCCUCCCAUCCAGCAACUUGCCUGCAUACGAAUGGUCUUCUUGGUUAUGAUCAGACAGAUCACCCUGCAAUAGCCUCUUUGCGGUGCCGCUCAGGUGGUGGCCAUGUCCAAGCUCACGAUCCUAUUCGCCACGCGUGCAUCGCUCUCCAAACUCUGCUCAACAUCUGUGACGACCCGUGGCCUAUUGAUCGGACUGUGAUCGAUCUCAGAGACCAGAGCGAUCCUUACAGGAUCUUUCCAUUCUCAACUUCCACCUCAGUUCCUCAAGUCAAGUUGGUUCUCGAUGGAAUCCGCGGCGUCAUCACCGUCGUCAUGGCGGACAAGAGCGCCCAAAUCGUCGUCACGGCCUCGGUAUUCCUCCUCCUGACAUGGGUUGCCGUCAGCCUCCGCGUGUAUUGCCGCACGGCAUUGGUGCGAUCAGUCGGUAUCGACGACAAGAUCAUGGUCUUCCUCUUGAUUAUUUUCACCGGAUAUCUAGCGUUGCAGAUUUACGGAGGAACUCAUGGGAUCGGCCGCCGUGAUUCUGAGAUCACUGCUGGGGAGAAGAGAGCCAUGCUGCUGCUAUGGUGGAUCCUCGAGCUACUCAACGUCGUCUCAACAUGUCUCCUCAAGAUCUCUGUUGGCUACUUCCUCCUCCGAGUCGCACUCGAUCGGCCGCACAUCUGGAUAAUUCGAGCUCUCAUGGUAGGUACAGUUGUCUUCGGAACGACAUACCUCUUCAUGGUAGCUUUCCAGUGCAGACCAGUACCAACGUACUGGGAGGACGGCCCAAGAACACCGGAAAAAUGCUGGCCCUCGCGGGUAAUCUACAUCAUGACGAUUGCGGCGACGGUCAUCAAUACGAGCGCCGACUUCGUUUUCGGUGCUUUGCCGUGGUUCAUCGUCAGAUCCAUGAAUCUUCCGAUCGGGACCAAAAUCGUGGUAGUGUGCAUCUUGGGGCUAGCUGCUGUAGGAAGUACUGCGACUAUUGUUAGAGCGUUCUAUAUCCCGACGUUACUGGACGGCGAGGAUUUUCUUUACGGAACCUCCAACUUUGCGAUAUGGAGUACAGUAGAGCCGGGGAUCGGCAUCGUAGCAGCCUCGAUAGCAACGUUACGACCUCUGUAUCAAAUGAUGCUUGCCAAGAUGGGUCGCUCAUCGGUUUACCGUCAACAACGAGACAGGUUGGAAAGACAACAGGCUCGCAGGAAUGAGACGAACCGGGUGGUGCGACAGGCACACAACCUCGAUCCGGAGGAUGGGCUGGCCGAUUCGGAUAUCACCUCACCCCACGGGAUCCUUGAAGUCAACCCGCCCUCUCAUCACGUCAGCAAACAGACAGAGUCGACAGUCAAGACGAGCUCGUCUGGGAUUGGAUGUCCACGACUGGGAAUGAGCUUGUUCGAUGUGGAUGUUCCAACGUCACGAUUGAGACUCAGCGAUGAUCUUCGGCGGACGAUGGAUAGACCUUCUGAGGAGUGGUUAUCGAGGGUCAAGGAUUGA